UCGGAAGUUGAGAAGCUCUGGGUCGGGUUCUGGCGCUUGGACCUCAUGGCGGAGAUAAUUCAGGAACGCAUAGAAGACCGGCUGCCCGAGUUGGAGCAGCUGGAGCGCAUUGGGCUUUUCAGUCAUGCAGAGAUCAAGGCUAUCAUUAAGAAGGCUUCAGAUCUAGAAUACAAAAUACAGCGAAGAGCUCUUUGUAAGGAAGACUUUAUCAAUUAUGUUCAAUAUGAAAUUAAUUUUCUGGAGCUGAUCCAGAGAAGAAGAGCUCGCAUCGGGUAUUCAUUUAAGAAGGAUGAGAUUGAGAAUUCUAUUGUACACCGGGUACAAGGCAUAUUCCGACGAGCUUCAUCAAAGUGGAAAGAUGAUGUUCAACUUUGGCUAUCCUAUGUAGUCUUCUGUAAGAAAUGGGCUACCAAAGCUCAACUUAGCAAGGUAUUCUCUGCCAUGUUGGCCAUUCAUUCAAACAAGCCAGCUUUGUGGAUUAUGGCGGCCAAAUGGGAAAUGGAAGAUCGCUUGUCUUCAGAAAGUGCAAGACAACUCUUUCUUCGAGCUCUGCGCUUUCAUCCCCAGUCCACAAAACUUUAUCAAGAAUACUUCAGGAUGGAGCUGAUGCAUGCUGAGAAAUUGAGGAAGGAAAAGCAAGAAUUUGAAAAAGCCAAAAUGGAUGUGGGAAAUCUUGAUUAUCCUGAAGAAAUCCUUACGGGUGAGUUGGCACGGAUCAUCUACAAAAAUUCCAUCAACAUAAUUAAAGGUGCAGAAUUUCAUGUGUCACUGCUUUCAAUUGCACAGCUAUUCGAUUUUGCUAAAAAUCUGCAAAAAGAAAUUUAUGAUGACCUUCAGGCUCUGCACACAGAUGACCCUCUCACUUGGGAUUACGUGGCACGGCGAGAAUUACAGAUUGAGCCUCAGCCAGGAGAAGAGCAGCCUGCGACAAAGCAAGCCAGAGCUCUGGAGAUGGGCCGGAAGGAGGACCGCUGCUGCGCUGUGUACGAAGAGGCAGUCCAGACUCUCCCUACAGAGGCCAUGUGGAAGUGUUACAUCAACUUUUGCUUGGAAAGAUUUGCUAAGAAGACAAGUAAUCAAUCCCUCAGAGGGCAGAGGCUGGAAAGGACCAUGUCUGCAUUCAGGAAGGCACAUGAACUCAGACUUCUACCAGAAUUCCUGUACAAGCAGUGGAUCGAGUUGUUGCUGCAGCAUGACUUCCUUAAGGAAGCUCUGCAGGUGGCAGUGGCCGGGGUUGAAUUGUUUAGAGACUCUGUGAUGAUGUGGCAGAUGAAGCUGCAGGUGCUGAUUGGUUCCAAGAGCCCUGACAUAGCCAGUCUUUUUAAAGAAGCCUUUGCGUCCCUGAAACCCCAGGUUUGUCUGCCAUUGUGGAUUUCUUGGGCAGAGUGGAGUGAAGGUGCCAAAAGCCAAGAAGACACUGAAGCCGUCUAUAAGAAAGCUAUCUUAGCUGUCACGGGUGCUGACUCAGUCACUCUGAAGGAAAAGUACCUGGAUUGGGCUUAUCGAAGCGGUGGCUACAAAAAGGCCAGAGCUGUGUUUAAAAGUUUACAGGAAAGCCGUCCAUUUUCAGUUGCUUUUUUCAGGAAAGUAAUCCAAUUUGAAAAGGAGCAAGAAUCCUGCAAAAUGGCGAACUUGAGAGAAUAUUAUGAGAGGGCUUUGAGAGAGUUUGGAUCUGUAGAUUCUGAUCUUUGGAUGGAUUACAUCAAAGAAGAAUUGAACCACCCCCUUGGUAGACCUGAGAACUGCGGACAGAUAUAUUGGCGGGCCAUGAAAAUGUUGCAGGGAGAGUCAGCAGAGGCGUUUGUCGCUAAACAUGCUAUGCAUCAAGCUGGCCAUUUGUGAAAAGAGGAAGACCACAGCAACCUUGUAAAAUAGUAUUGUGAGCCCUCUGGGCAGUUUUUGUUAUGAAUUCGUCUGCAAUUUGCAGACAAGAUUUUGAGAUAUGUUUUAAUUUUGUGUUAAUCUUUAAUUCCAGGAAACAGACCUGCUGUUUCAUGGCCAGAGGCUACUUGUUGAGGCUGGAUCUACUGUAGGUUCUAAAUGUUUUCCAAAAUAUGUGGAAAUCACACCACUGAUUAGAGUAUCUCUAAUCUCAAUCGAGGGGUGGUUUGAAAUUUGAAGAAAGUACAGUUCUGUUUAUUUAUUCUCUUCUUAUUAUAAAAGUAUA